AUGUCUCAGAAGCUGGAGGAGCAGAUUGUAAGGGAAGGUGUUGGCGUGGUGGUUGUGGCUGUUGCUCAUCGAAGCUGCUGUCUACUGGCAGCACCACGUGCUGCUGCUGCUGCUGCUGCUGCUGCUGCUGCUGCUGCUGCUGCUGCUGCUGCUGCUGCUGCUGCUGCUGCUGCUGCUGCUGCUGCUGCUGCUGCUGCUGCUGCUGCUGCUGCUGAUGAUGAUGAUUUUGCUGCUGCUGAUGCUGCUGCUGCUGAUGCUGAUUCUGCUGCUCUUGUGGAUGCUGAUGCUGCAGCAUUUGAAGUUGUUGCUGCUGUUGCUGCUGCUGCUGCUGCUGCUGCUGCUGCUGCUGCUGCUGCUGCUGCUGCUGCUGCUGCUGCUGCUGCUGCUGCUGCAGGGGCGGGUACUGAGCAUGGUAAGGUGGCUUGA